CGUUUUUAUCUUUUAAAGCAUAGGUCGAAUUGAUAUGAAAUGUUGAAAAAAUGCCUUUUUUUAGAUGAAGCAAAGCGCACCGGCCACCAGCUAGUAUAAAAUAUAGAAGGGAAACAAAAGAACUUUGAAAUGGUAUAGGAUUUCUGAGGACAAAUGAAGAACGUGUAAACACUGUUACUUCUGGAUCUUCGAGCGUGAGAACUUUGCGAGUGUGUACACAAAGAAGCUCUUGCCGAGAAUGUCACUGGGAUUCUUGCCUAGAUCAUCAGGAUCUCGCAAAGAAGAAACUUACGUUCAAAAUGAUUGAUCUAUUUACGCCAUUUUUGCCUUUUCUAAAAUUUAAAAACGUGUGCACAGACAACAAUGUGUUUCGAAUGCAUUACAAAGUAACGGUUAUGAUGUUGCUGAUUUUUACGUUGCUGGUAACUUCAAAGCAAUUCUUUGGUGAGCCGAUCCACUGUAUGACACACGACAACUCUGAUGAUAAUAAAGAAGCUAUCAAUAGCUACUGUUGGAUAUAUGGAACAUAUACAUUGAAGAGUAGAUUCGGUGGCACGGAAGGUAAACACAUGGCAUACUUGGGCAUAGGACCAGAGAAGGGUGUUAAAAAUGAACAGUUGAAGCAUACUUACUACCAGUGGGUAUGUUUUGUGUUACUGGGCCAGGCGGCCAUGUUUUACACACCUCGCUAUAUUUGGAAGAUCUGGGAAGGAGGCAGGUUGAAGGCACUGGCAUCAGACUUGGCCAGCCCCAUUGUCAGAAAAGAAUGGUCGGAAUAUCGGCGUGGUGAGCUUGUUGCCUACCUCAGCUACACUAACAUGCAUACACACAACAUGUAUGCUUUAAGGUAUACAAUCUGCGAAAUACUGAACCUUGUCAAUGUGAUUGGUCAAAUAUUUCUUUUGGAUUAUUUCCUGGGUGGCGCGUUCCGCAACUACGGUGCAGCAGUGGCAAGCUUCACCCAUAUUCCUAAAGUACCCAACAACUUCUUAGACUAUGCAUCUGUUAACCCUAUGGAUGAAUUUUUUCCAAAAUUAACAAAGUGCUGGUUUAGAAUGUAUGGUCCUUCUGGAACCAUCGAAGUCAAGGACCGACUUUGUGUUCUACCACUAAAUAUUGUCAAUGAAAAGAUAUUUAUAAUUCUAUGGUUUUGGUUAAUAUUUUUGGCAUUUAUCUCUGCAGCUGCAGUCUUGUUCCGUAUCUUAGUACUGUCAGUGCCUCCACUACGGACAUACCUCAUUAUGGGCCAACUGCGGUAUGUUAAAAGGAGAGUUGUGUCCAAAAUAGUAAAACGUUUUGGCUUUGGUGAUUGGUAUAUAUUGUAUCUGCUGGGCAAAAAUAUGAACCCAAUCAUAUACAAAGACUUGAUCAUAGAACUUUCUAAAGAAAUAGAUAGCAAACCUACCAUGAUUUAGUUAAUUUGAUUUUUAUUAAGUAUAAAUGCAACAUUAAUAAUAUUGUUAAGUUUGUUUACCUUACAAGUGUGUGUACCUUACAAGUGAUUGAUCUCAGAAGAUAUUUUUUAUGUUAAGUUUAAUUAUCAAAACAUUUGGUGAUAAGUAUUAAAACUAAAGUGGCCUACUUUUUAUAAAGACUUAUUGUACCAGUGCUCAAUAUAAAGAUAAUUUGUUACUAUUUUUCUUUAUUAAAUUAAAUUACAAAA